GACGCAAAAAUUUUGAGCAGAUUAAAUUGUAUUUUAGUAUUCCUGUGUCCUAAUAGCAAAUUUAAUGAUACGCGAUAUGGGUACAAAGAUGGCCAUUGGCUCUAGCUAUGUGAAGGGCCGCGUAGCUAUGCGAGGGCGUUUCAGGUUGCGCAUACGGCGGAUUCCAAAAGCGGCGGAAUACCUUAGUUAGUAAGAGUCCAGAGAAAAAAGAUAGGGACGACUCAACUCAAUGUCGGACGUCUAACCGCCUUGCGUUGCACAUUCACCUUUGCAAACCUCAGAACCCUGUUGUCUUUUCAGUCACCAGUAUUGUGAGACUAGUAUCUGCACUACGUACCAACAAGCAAUUGCACUUUGAACAUGGCCAGCUUUGACGAAGGUGUCGUGAAAGCUGCAAUCAAAGCGAGCCUUCCACCUCUCGAACGCACGGAUUUUGAAGCAAACUGGGAUCGUGAAGUGAGUUCAAGUAGGCAAUAGAGCUGAACAAUGCUUACCUCUGGCAUUUACAGGUGGCUGCUCGAGCGGAAGCCUGGAUGAAGAAGCGACAAGGACAUCAGUCAACCCAUGCUAUACAGCUCAAGUUCGAAGCAAGUGUAGUUCAAUAUGUGAACUGGCUUGCUCAGGCAAUGAAAGCGACGCAAGACACGAAGCACGGAAAGCGUCUGAAGGCAGCUGUUCCACUGUACGGUCCCCGCUUUGUACCUCCAAUGUUCGACGACAUUAGCCUACGAGAAGCCGCACCGAUCAUUGAGCCAGAGGCUGCUUACCUUAAGCCCAUCACAACUGUGCACCCAGUAUUCUUUCCUGAGCUCAAGCACUGCCCACGAGACAACACGCACGAAAACAUGGUGUGGGACGGAUGGACAUCGACAGGGAGCUGUGAGAUUCAUGGGCUGCUGUGUGAAGAGAAAGCGUUAGGAUUUCAGCUCCGGUGCAGUGACUGUGCAGAAGAGAAGAAGCGUAAGAACGGAGACAAGUCAAUUAUCCAUUGCUACGCAACGACGAACGAACUAUUCUGGCAGAACUGGGAGCAUUGGGAGAUACCUGGUAUGUCUUUGAUCGCCAUCAGCGUGAGCAAACACCAACUGAGAGAGGAACAGAUAAGAUACCUUGUUUCUUUCGGCGGUCAGCUGUUACACGCGAGCUGUUCAAUCUCAUUGUACAGCUGCGUAUCUCGUUACCGGCAUCUGCAAUAGAGACACACAUAAACCGUGAGCUUUCUUUCUCGUACAUUCUGAGAGUGCUCGUCUGAAGCAAAAGCGCAACAGAGCUCCAUCUCUUUCAAUGGCAAAAGCGUCAUCAAGCGUACCUUGUGCACUUUCAACGUGCAUUGACUCGUGCUCGUGCGGCUGGCCAACAGACCAUGAUAACCUUUGGUGGUGCUUUGCGGCCAUCUUCGCAUCCUGUGCCCAAGGAGUUCUCGGCACCUAAUAAUCUGAUGGCCUAUGCGGACAGCUCAAUCAGUAGUGAUACGAUUUCACACAUUUACCUUGAGUUUAUUAAGAAGACACGUCGUGCAGAGUCUUCGGCGUAUCUAAAAACAC